UUGUCAGCGAGUUGUUGUUUACCCCCGUUGUAAGUCAGUUCGCUUGUGUUAAAUAAGGAGACGCCGGAAGCUUUUUAUUGUUGAAUUUGUACAUAUAUUUGAGGAGCUUGUGGAGGGAAGGUACAGCGACCCCAGGCACUGAAUUCCUACAGAUAGCAUGAAUCGUCCGACGAUUGCAGAGCAAGAAGAUCUUGUUAAAGAAUCCCUUUUUAAGUUCCUGAGGAAGCACAUACCAAGUGCUCAGUUAAGUUCUAUUGAUGAGAUUGUUUUGAGAUAUGUAGUAAGUAUACUUGAAGACCUCGGCACAGAAGCAAGUGUGGAAGAAGCUUUUGAUGUUGAAGGUUUUUGUGAGAUGAUGGCAGCGUAUUUCCCCGAAUUUUCCACAAUACAUCACACAGAUGUCUGUCAAUGGAUGUUCGAGUUGGAGGCAACAUUAAGCCAAAAGAAGAGAAAGGAUGAGUGCAACAGCGGUGAUUCCUUUGCAAAGGAUAUACCUGUGCUAACUCUGCAGACACUUGUACCUACUCGUAACCAUGGUGACAGUGAGAGUAGUGGUGGUGGCAGUGGUGACACCACAAAACGUGUACACCAGCUCUCUGAAAACAGCGAUGGAAGCUCAGACAGCAGUGGCGACUAUUAUUUGGGACAGGAGGAGCCACAGUACGACGCAGCUCAAGUGCAGCUCCUACAGGAGAUGUUCCCCAGCGCGUGCACUAUCGAGGUGCGUCACUGCUUGGCCAUUGCCGAGGGUGAUGUCGGCCGUGCUGCUCAGUUGGUACUGCACCGCCAGGAGGCGGGCCAGAGCCUCACCAGCCACUCUCCGGCUAUGACUGCAUUAGCUCAGCGCCAGAAAGCUGUUGUAGAUGAUCAAGAACUGAAAUCACGCAUAAUAGCGAGGUAUAGCUAUGUGGACAAGGAUGAUGAUGUUCGUGAGCACAGGCCAGUGGGACCAAAAGCAGAGCCUAAGAAACUGGUGAGGUAUCGUGACAACAAGAUUGUCAGUCUUAAAGGAGAACGUUUCACUGAAGUUAAAAAAGAUGAUGAAGAAGAUGUGAAAAAAACAUACGUGAGCAUCAAGCCAGCAAGGCAGUAUCGUUUCCACUGAUAUUCCUCCUAGAGCUUAUUUGCUCCACAGAAAGGUAUUUUAGCAUCAUCUUUCUGGUUAGAGGAAUGGGAAAUAAAAGAGAGGCCGCACAAAGAGAUGUGAUUUUGAAAGAAAGGUAUUGUUUCAAAGAAGAGAAUUUAUCUUUGCAGCUAAUCUGAAGAAUGAAGUUUUACAGAUUGGACAUAGUGAAAAUAUUACAGAAAAUAUUUAUGCAUUCCUUUCUGUUUGAAGGCAGUUAUACUUUGCGCAUGAACUUUAUGUGCCAUUACUAUUCUUGAGCUUUAACUGUUUUCUCUUCUGAAAUUUUGUAAUAUUCUUUUUAAUAUACAGAUCUGAAAUGUGACAUUUUGGAAAGACUGGACAAUUUUCCCCACACUUUAUAACUUGUACAAGUUUUGACACAGCACUGUCUCUGCCAAGAAUGUAUUUAUAAUUAUUACUUCUUAGCGAGAAUGCAACUGAACAUUGCUUUUGUCGGAUGCCAUCACCGAAGUGUUCAUUAAUAUUUCUGAAUAGUAAUAGGGUCUAACAGUAUUCUUGCUGCAGUCUGUACCACUAAUGCCAAGCAUUAGAGACCUAUUUAAUGUUCCUUAGAAGAUAGUUUCCUCACUAUGCUUAUUUUAUUUGUAUAUACACUUAUUUAGACUACAUGCGCAUAGUUGGAGGAAUAAUAAUGGACACUGCAGGGUAUUCUGGCAUCAAGAAAUUUACCUUUUUUCAGCCAGUCAUCCAGUAUUGAAUUGCUCUGUUACAUGAACUUUCAUACGGCACAGCAGUAAUUGCUGAUAUUGCAGUGCAGACAUUUUAUAUAAUUGUGUGCAUAAUUAUUUAUACGAAUUUUGUUACGUGUAAAAAGUGUUGUGUGUUUCUUAUACUUGUUUAAUUGUAUGUCACAAAAAAGACGUCAUAAAUUGUUUAGUACGAGACAGUUCCAUAUAAAAUGGAACAUGAUAUUAUCAGAGUAUUCUUUGUAUUUAUCAUGUGAAUUACUCAGAUAUUUUUCUCAUUUUUAAGGCACGUUAACCUAUGCUCUGGUAGACUGUAUUUUUUCAUUGAUGGGAGUACUCUUUGUACUGGAGCAUUUUUCCCUUGUUACGUGUGUGUGUGUGUGAGUGUGUGAGUGAGUGAGUGAGAGAGAGAGAGAGAGAGAGAGAGAGAG